GAACGCCAGCACAAAAAGCAAAUCAAGGAUAUGUGCUUUUGACUUUGAUGUUUGACACGCACGCGCCAUGAACCCAGCUGCAAGCCCAAACGAUGCGGUCCCCAUGAAGGCCACGACCUCCGACGAGGAUGCCAGCGGGCCCACCGUGGUCGAGGUGAAUACCGUGGACGAGAACACUCCGCGGCCACCCGACUACAUCAUCUUCUCCCUCUUCUCGUUUGUCUACUUCGGGAAUCCUUUCUGCUUGGGACUGGCAGCGCUCAUCUGCUCUAUCAAGGCCAGAGACCGGAAGGUGGUGGGAGACCUGGAGGCAGCCCAAAAGCACGCCUAUAUGGCCAAAAGACUAAAUUUCUUAGCCGUCUCUUUCUUUGGCCUUUUCGUCUUCCUUUUGGUGGUCGUGUAUGCAUUCUUGGUUGCAAAUGCAAAACGCCGCUAAAAUGCAAAACUCCUAAAUUUCAAGGUGGUCAUGUUCUUUGAUGGGAAUUACAUUAAAAAAAUUUCUACACAU